AUGGCCCCCGAAUACAAGACGACCAAAGGCCAGGACUUCGACCGCCCGGCCUUUGAAUCCCUACUCAAGCGCAAAAACUUCCUAUGGCAGUCCUUUGAGCCCUACGGCGCCGUCAAGGGCCUCUUCGAUUAUGGCCCUCCGCUCGAGACGCUCGAGGCCGAAGUCAUCAACAUCUGGCGCGACCACUUCAUCCGGACGGAGAAGAUGAUGGGCUUGAAAGUGUCCAUGCUGACCCCCUACGCCGUCCUCAAGACCUCCGGCCACGUCGACAAGUUUGCCGAUUUCAUGUGCAAGGAUCCCAAGAACGGCGAGAUCCUGCGCACCGAUCAUCUCAUCAAGGACGUCAUUGAGUCGCGCCUGAAGUCGGAUCGGGAAGCGCGUGGCGAGAAGGUCAACGAGGAGGAGGAUGAUCCCACGAAGAAAAAGAAGAGGCAGAUCAAGGCCUCCAAGACGGCCGUCAAGCUGGACGAUGCGGUACGGCAGGAGUACGAGCAUCUGCUGGCCACCCUCGACGAUUGCACUGGCGACGACUUUGCCGCUCUCAUCAAAAAGCACGACAUUCGAAAUCCCUCCACCGGCAACGAAGUCGAGCCGCCCGUGUCCGUUAACCUCAUGUUCCAGACUCAAAUCGGCGCGACUGGCAAAGAACCUGCUUUCUUGCGUCCCGAGACCGCCCAGGGCCAAUUCCUCGCCUUCCAAAAACUGCUCGAAUUCAGCGACGACAAACUCCCCUUCGCCUCUGCAUGUAUCGGCUACUCCUUCCGCAAUGAACUCUCCCCCCGUUCCGGCCUGCUGCGAGUCCGCGAAUUCCUCAUGGCGGAAAUCGAGCAUUUCGUCGACCCAGCUGGCGGCAAAAAGCAUGCCAAGUUUGCAUCCGUGCGGGACAUCAAAAUGCCCCUGCUCUCACGCCAGACACAAACCGCCGGCGGCUCCGAACCCACAAUCAUCACCAUCGGCGAAGCAGUCGACACCAAGCUCGUCGACAACGAAACGCUCGGCUACUUCCUCGUGCGCAUCAUGCUGUUCAUGGAGAAGAUCGGCAUCGACAUGGCCAAGCUGCGCUUCCGCCAGCACAUGCAGAACGAAAUGGCGCACUACGCCGCCGACUGCUGGGACUGCGAACUGCUCAACUCCUACGGCUGGAUUGAGUGUGUGGGCUGCGCAGACCGUAGCGCCUACGAUCUGAGCGUACAUAUGAAGGCCACGGGCGUGCCGCUGCAGGUGCGUGAGCCGCUCAAGGAACCCAUUCGAGUGGAGGAGUUCCAAGCGCAACUCGACAAGAAGAAGUCGGGCCCGCACUUCAAGAAGGACGUGGGUAAGGUGCAGGAAGCGCUCGACGCGCUAUCGCAGGACGUGCGCGAGAAGCUGUCCAUCUCCAUGAAGUCAGAGGGCAAGGUCGUCGUGGACGUCCCGGCGGUCGCGGGCGGUAAGGUGGAGCUCACGAAGGACUUGGUCAGCUUCGACAAGGAGAGCAAAGUGGUGUCGAUGCGCGAAUACAUCCCCAAUGUCAUCGAGCCCUCCUUCGGCAUCGGUCGCAUCCUCUACUCCCUCAUGGAGCACGUCUACUGGACGCGAGAAGGCGACGCAGCGCGAUCCGUCAUGUCCUUCAAACCAACAGUAGCCCCCAUCAAAGUCCUCGUCGUCCCCCUGCAAAAAGACACCCGCUUCGCCACCCUGCUCGCCCACCUCGAAGAGCGCCUCGACGACGCCCAGCUCUCCUUCCGCCUCGACCAGUCCGGCGUCAGCAUUGGCAAGCGGUACUCGCGCAACGACGAGCUCGGCAUUCCCUUUGGCAUCACCGUCGACUACGAGAGUUUGGAGGACAACUCGUUCACGCUGCGCGAUCGCGAUUCGACGAAGCAGGUGCGGGCGCCGCUCGAGGACAUUUUGGAGGCGGUGAGUCGGAUGGUCAAAGGGAAGGAGACGUGGGCGGAGGUGCAGAGAAGGUUGCCUGCUUUUGAGGGCAAGGAGGAGUAG